CUCGAGUAGACUGACGGACAUCUACUGCCGCUGCACACUGAGUUCUUCUCCCCUGAACGUGCCUGAAGUCUGACGGUUGUGGAUCAUCAUGGCUAAACGUGUUGCUAUUAUUGGAGGAGGAACCUCUGGACUGGCCUGCAUCAAAUGCUGUCUAGAUGAAGGGCUGGAGCCUGUGUGUUUUGAGACCAGUGAUGAUAUCGGAGGACUUUGGAGGUUUAAGGAAAAUCCAGAUGCUGGCCGAGCCAGCAUUUACCACUCACUGAUUAUUAACACUUCGAAGGAGAUGAUGUGCUACAGUGAUUACCCAAUCCCAGCUCACUUCCCAAAUUACAUGCACAACUCCCUCAUCAUGGAAUACUUCCGCAUGUACGCUGAAAACUUCCAACUUAAACGGCACAUCCGUUUCCAGACCAGAGUCCUUCAUGUCACACCAAGACCAGACUUCCCUCACUCUGGACAGUGGGAUGUAGAGACCGAGUCUAAGGAUGGUCAGAGAGAGAAGCAGGUGUUUGAUGCUGUGAUGGUCUGCACUGGUCACCACUGUCACCCCCACCUUCCUCUAAAAGACUUUCCAGGAAUAGACACAUUUAAGGGGAGAUUCUUCCACAGUCGUGACUACAAAAACCCUGAAGACUGGCGAGGGAAGAGGGUAGUUGUGAUUGGCAUUGGAAACUCUGGAGGAGAUAUUGCUGUGGAGUUGAGCAGAAUGGCCAAACAGGUUUAUCUGAGCACGCGAAAGGGAUCUUGGAUAUUGAAUCGUGUGGGUGACAAUGGCAUUCCAUCAGAUAUGUUGUUUAAUAGGAGAUUACAAAAUUGGUUUCUUAAAAUGUUGCCUGUUGGAUUUGUCAACAACAUGGGAGAGAGUCGACUCAAUAAACGCUUUGACCAUAAGCUCUAUGGGCUGCAGCCUGAGCACAGGUUUUUCAGCCAACAUCCCAUGGUCAAUGAUGAUUUGCCAAACCGGAUCCUCUCUGGUACUGUCUCAGUCAAGCCCAAUGUGCAGGAGUUUCGUGGAUCUAGUGUGGUGUUUGAGGAUGGCACUGUUGAAGAUAACAUUGAUCUGGUGGUGUUUGCCACAGGCUACACUUUCUCAUUCCCCUUCCUUUCCUCACAUGUGAUCCCUGUUUCAAACAACAAGGUAUCCCUGUACAAAUUUGUAUAUCCUCCAGGAUUGGAGCGCUCAACUUUAGCAGUGAUUGGUCUGAUCCAGCCUCUUGGAGCCAUUAUGCCCAUCUCUGAGAUGCAAGCGCGCUGGGCCACACGUGUUUUUAAAGGACUGUGCAAACUGCCUUCAAUGAAUGCAAUGAUGAACGACAUUAAAUCAAAAGAGGAAGCAAUGGCUCGAAGAUAUGUGGUCAGCCAGAGGCACACCAUCCAGGUGGACUACAUCCCCUACAUGGAUGAGUUGGCUAAACAAGUGGGUGUCCGUCCUUCUAUCCCGAGGUUGCUGCUGACAGACCCAAGACUGGCUUUCAAAAUCAUCUUUGGGCCCUGCACCCCAUACCAGUUUCGCUUGCAUGGACCAGGCCAGUGGGAAGGUGCACGUCAGGCCAUCCUGACUCAGUGGGAUCGAGUUAUGAAGCCUCUGAAAACACGCUGCAGAGAAGAACCACAGUCACAGAGCUUCUUACAUUCACUCAUAUUCUCAGUGUCUGUUGCAGGGCUCCUGUCUGCUCUGUACUACGGCAGAGCCAGUCUGCAAACAUUCUUGGAAAAUCCUUCAGCUUUACUGGACAAGAUCAGGGGGUUUGUACCAUUGCCCACACAGUGAUCAUGUUAUAUUAGCCAGAAAAAUACUUUACUUCAUAUGUAAUCUAACAUCAGUUUAAUUGUCCUUAUUCAGAUUGAUUUUAAAGUCAAACAAAUGUCAGCAUCAUGAAAAUGACAAUGCUGGGUUCUUAUAUUUAUUAGAAGCAAGUGCCUUAAAUUUGGAACAGCUUGUGUAUAAAAAACAUUUAAUUUGAUUUGAAAUAACGAUUUUGUGUGUUUGAAUAGACUAUAAUUGUUGGUGUAAUUGUAUAAUUGUGCCGUUUUAUUCACUAGCAUGCACUACUACUAGCAGUCUUUGUUGUGUCAAUUUAAAUAAUAUUUGUCUGUUAAGUAAUAUAUGUCUGUGAAGCAAAUUAAAUAGUUUCAAAUGAGAUCUAUAAAAAAUAUAUUGUUUUUUGAGAAUAAAAAA